AUGUGGGGGGAGCUCAUGAUGACUGCAGCAUACCUGACCAACAGGACCCCACACGCGGCGCUAGGGGGAGCCACGCCGUAUUCCAAGAUGUACAACACAACCCCGGACCUCUCUCGACUUCGUGCCGUCGGCGCCCGCGCGUUCGUUCAUCACGAGCGAUACAAGAAGAAGCUAGACGAUCGGGCCUUUGAAGGCAAGCUCUGCGGUUACGGACCUGACAGCAAGACGUACCGGAUCUACGUGGAGGGCAAAGACAAGGACACGACACUCGAAUCACCCACGACGCCAACAGACACGGACUCCGCUUCGCCAGCCCCCAUCCCAAUGCGUCGAUUAACGGUGACCCGUCCUGCCACGCGCACUCACCAACCCACAGAUGACCCUAUCGACCCUUCAUGCAUCCCGAAAUCUCUGGAAGUGAACAUGAACGACAGAGGCCGCUCUGCCAUGGCUGUCAGCCACCCCGACCCACUGGAGCUCACCGAGGAUCAACUACUCGAUCUCACCCACCAAGCGCAGCAACGAUGCCCUACUGACGCGGCGGAUUUUGCUCACCUGGAUGAAGACCCCUUCGCCGAAGUCCGGGCGUAUGCUUACGCCAUGGGCACCUCGAGCAAAGGGUUCUUGGGGGAGACACACCAAGAGAUCAAAACUCCGAGCACGUACACCGAAGCCAUGAACUCACCACAACGCGAGCAGUGGAAGAGCGCUAUCGACACCGAGAUGGGUAAUCUCGCCAAGCACAAAGUCUUUAAGAAAGUACGCAUCAGCCUGGUACCGAAGGAUGAGGACAUCUUCGACACACGCUUCGUGUUCAAGAUCAAGGCCGACAGCCGCUUCAAGGCCCGCUUAGUCGCGGGGGGACACCGCCAACGAGCAGGACGACACUUCGGAAGGAACUACGCUCCAGUAACCCGAUUGGGUAGCAUCCGAAUGCUAUUCGCCAUCGCUUGCGAACACGGAUGGGAGGUGUACCAAUUGGACGUGGUAGCUGCAUUCCUGAACGCGUACACCGACAGAGACGUCUACGUCAGGCCGGCGCCAGGCGACGAGGAGAGGGACCCUACGACAGGUGAAAUGAUGGUCUACAAACUGGAGAAAAGUCUGUACGGCCUGUCACAGUCCCCGUCACUGUGGAACGACGCCAUCAAUGACAGACUCAUCAUCUUCGGCUGGCAGCGCACUCGCUCUGACCCCUGUGUCUACAUCUUCGUAAGCGGGGACGAACUCACAAUCCUCGCGAUCUACGUCGAUGACAUCCUCAUCACGGGCGGAAACAAGGAGAUCGUAAGCAGGAAAAAGAAGGAACUCAUGGACAGCUUCGAAAUGACAGACAUGGGAGAGGUCAAGCGCGUAAUCGGCAUCGAAGUGCAGCGGGACUACGAACAUGGCACACUAGCCAUAUCGCAAGGACCCUACGCGAGAGAUAUCCUACAGCGAUACGGAAUGGAACAGGCAAACCCGGUCAGCACCCCCGGGUAUGGAGUAGAACUAUCAACCGAGCAGCCACAAGACCAACUACUCGGACCCGAGGACAAGCAGAGAUUCCAGGCCAUCACCGGGAGUCUCCUGUACCUUGCCCAAUGCACCCGCUACGAUCUGUCAUACGCAGUGCACCAACUGACACGGGCAUGCGCAAACCCAGCACAGGUCCACAUGGCUGCGGCCAAGCACCUACUACGGUACCUACGCGGAACGCCGGACCUGCCGAUCGUGUACAAGAAGGGGAAGUUCAGACUCUCGUGCUUCACUGACUCGUCAUUUGGAGCCAACCCAGACAACGGCAGGUCUACCACCGGAUACCUGUUCUUCCUAGGAGGGGGACUGAUCAGCUACGGAGCCAAGGCACAGACUCUCGCAGCACAGAACACCGUGGAGGCCGAGCUUCAAGCGCUGAGCUUCAGUGCUCGCGAGGCAGUCUACAUCUCCAACUUCAUGACGGAAAUCGGAUUCAAGACCUUUCGAUCGGUACCCAUCAACAGCGACAGCACCGGAGCAUUGACUGUGGCCAGCAACGCGAUGUUCAGCUCUAGAACCAAGCACAUCGCGCUCCGGUUCUUCUUCCUCAGGGAACUCACGAAGGGGCACCGGAUCACUCUUCACCACCAACCUAGUGCCACGAUGUUGGCGGACAUCGCGACGAAACAUCUCCCGAAGCAGCGAUUCGCCACCAUCAUGCAACUCAUCAAGGACUACAAGUGCUAGAAGAUAUUAAGCACAAGACCGCAUAGUAUGGUUGAAUGUUUUGGACCCGUGUAUUGCUCACAGGAUGGAUUCACUCAUGUGGAGGUCGAUAUUCUUUGAUAUGGAUUGGGAAUCGAGGGGUCGCAAAAAUGGCGGCGAAGUGAAUGAAGUUUGGAACAUCGGCUACUUGCCUAAUCGAGGGGACGUGUCGAGGAAAACUGUUACAACGUAGUCAGGCACAGUUUACCAUAGGUGCGACUGCGACAACUAGACUUCCGUAGACAUAAUACAGAAAGAAGAGAUGGUACUUAGCAGAGAACAUGAGCACAGAGUUGUAGCGGAGAUAAUUUGGCAGGCGAGACUGUAGUUGUUUUAUUGUUCCGAACCCCGAAAUUCCGGUACUCGGGCCAUUACCCCGGAGACCCUCGGAACCUGCUGUGUUUUUGCUGCUUUUUUUUUUGUUUUUGUUUUAUUGUUGAGAUGAGACACAAGCGCGCCUUCGCCCCUUGUGCUCACUCUCAUCUAGCACCCAUCAAAGCCUGACCAGGGAGUCAAUUGAUAAGAAAAUCUAUCUACAUUUCUCUUUCCAGAGCUCGCUCGGGCCUACCGAUCUCACAGCGGUGUAGACCAACCUCUGUGAUAGAGCGGUGACAGCAGUGUAACCUCUGUGGUAGACUACAAAGUCUACGAGCUACAGCAGCACCGCCACCCCCGCUGCUGCAGGACGCCACAUUUUGUGA